UUUAAUGUAUUUGUUUUAUUCAUCAUUAUAAUGUAUUCUAUUUGUUGAUUAUAGUUAAACUUUUUUUAAAUUUAAUUUAAUUUUAUUUUGUGUUAAGCAGUUAAUUUUAUUUACAUUACAUUUUUUUUUUUUUUAAUGCUGUAAACUGUGAUGAAAAAUAGCCUGUGUUUUUGCCAGCUUGUGAUUCUUUCAUGAGCUUUGUUUUUUCAUCAAUCAGGCUGAGGAGGUGGUGAGCUGGAAAGAACCUUCCAAGAGCAAUAAACUGACACUGUGAUGUGAGGUAUUCCCCUGGAUGGACGCCAUGUUACUUGAUCCCCCUUCAGGGUCUCAGUUUGGCUCGGCGGUUUAUAUUAGUGCUGCAAUGUCACAAAUGGGUUGAUUUGUUUAAAUUAAUGCUCAUUUUUUGCUUACCUUUUCUCGCCUGGAGGCCACACCUUCCUCCAUGUUAAAGACCGCUAGGGCUCUUCUGAAGCCUCACUUUGUUUGACACGUCCCUUUGAGUGGAUCAUGUCCACAGUGGAGGCCCUGAAGGACACAAAGCUGGGCUCGCUUUUAAAGGGCCUUCGUACGGACAUCGCUAUGGCCGUGGAUGACACCUUCCCUCUGGUUCACGGCCUGGCUGAUAAAAACAUCAUCAGUGAGCAACUGCUGAAGGACACACUGGAGAAGGAGGGAAGAGAAGGAAUCCACAAGGCCGUGUACUCUCUUCUCACCUGGGUGCUUGAGCAAAGUCCUUCCACCAUGCAGGCCUUCUGGAGGAACUUGAACAAGGCCUACAACCUGGAAAGCUACCCUAAAUUGCGAUCACUGCUCGCCAAUCCUAGCAACAGGAGUCACAGCAAAAAGAGGAACCACAAGGACAGAAAUGAUCAACACUCUCAACUCUCACUGUAUUGCACUCAUGCAAAUGAUGAACAAGGCAUGAUGGUCCCCCCAGGGGAUAAAGUCAAGCUGUACCGAGUGAAGAGUGAAGCUUCUCCGCCUCCACAGAAGGCAACACCUGGGUCGGUCCAAAAAGGAGCCCACUCUUUAUCUGCUGCCGUCCCCAACAGUGAGCUGUCAAAGCAUGCAUCCUCCAGGGAGAAGAUCCAAAUCAAGCAUAAAAUGUUUGGCUUGGAUGGAUCUGCAAGAAAGUGCAUUAAAGUUGGAGGAGAGCUCUACAAAUGUAAAGAGUUGAAGUACAAAGCUGCCAUGACAACAUUGCACCACCAGAGGGAAAGAAACCUGGAAUGUGUUCUAUGUUUAUGCUGUAUGUUUGUGUUUGCAUCAUGUUGUUUACAGACUCACCCCAAUGAUGACGAGUGUAGUGUGUGCAAAGAUGGUGGCGAGCUGAUAUGUUGUGAUGGGUGCCCUCGAGCUUUUCACCUCACCUGCCUGGACCCUCCGCUCUCAGCCAUACCCAGUGGCUCUUGGCAGUGUGAAGCCUGCAGUGGCAGAGGAGGGAAAAAACAGAAAACACAGAUAGCACUGCAGCCUCAGCAGAGCAGCACUAACAACUCCACCAUAGACAUCUCAUUCUUCCCCUUGUUGUCCUCCUCCACCUCCCUAAAAGAGUAUCCAGGUGGAGACUUGAAGGGCAUGAGAGAUGCGUGCGGUAUUUGUCACCUGGCAGGAGGAGAGCUGACCUGCUGCCUUCAGUGUUCCAAGUGCUACCACCCUCGCUGCCACUUCUCAAUUGGGAGAUCUGUCUGUUUGUCCUGCUCUAGGACGUGGGUGAGUGCUGCAGAAAAGGCGGCGCAGCCUUCAUCUUUACAGGUUCAGAACACACGUGGUCAUGACCAGAGCUUAUCCAGGCAUCAAGAAGAACUGGAUUCCGUCCUGGGAGACGCCUCCUUGGAUGGCAUCCUGCAGUGGGCUUUCCACAACAUCUCUCAACCUCAUACAGACACCCCAGGAUGCUAUCAGUAACAAAUAAAGCAGCAAAAGUAUUUUUUCUUCAAAACAGCAAAAUAUGAUGUCAAUUAAGGAGCGAUCAGUACUUUCCUCACAUUGUAACAGGAUCACAGUAAUUUACUCCAUAGAUCAGUGGUCCCCAACCACCUGUCCAGGGACCGGAACCGGUUCGUCUCACAUUUGCUGCCGGGCUACACAGAAACAUUAAAUAAUUAAUAAACGACAGCAUUUUCUCCGACCUAACUUUCGCCUGUCAAUAAGCUUGUUCAUAGAUGUACAGUAGGUCUGCAACCAACGACUCUUUUGAUAGUCGACUAGUCAUUGACUGUCUUAACCAUUAGUCGACUAAUUGGAUUCAAUUAAAUUUUAUUCACAUUACCGUAUUUUUCGGACCGUAGGGCGCACCGGAUUAAAAGGCGCACUGCCAAUGAGCGGGUCUAUUCAGGUCUUUUUUCAUACAAAAGGCGCACCGGACUAUAUGGCGCAUUAAAGGGGUCAUAUUAUGAUUUUCUUCUAAAUUUAAAACACUAUCUUGUGGUCCACAUAACAUGUGAUGGUGUCUCUUUUGUCAAAAUGUUGUACAGAUUAUGUUUGACAGAUCAUCUUCAAGUAGCUUUCUGAGCGUCGCUUCAGGAUGCGCCGUUUUGUGGGCGGUCUUAUUUACGUGGCUCACCUUCGACAGCGUCUUCUCCCCAUCAUCUUUGGUGUAGCGUGCAAGGACGGGAGUGGAAGAAGUGUCAAAAGAACUGUUUUAAUGACAUUUAGACUUUACUUAAAUCAAUAACGGAGCAGCAUCUCCUCAUCCGUGGCUCAAUAAAGCAACAUCAACGCCGGAAAUGUGUCCGUGAAUAAAAACCAUCCGAUCGGAACCCUCUAAUAACUAAAGUUCCGUGUGUGAAUUAACCCACUACAGUUUUUAGCGCUUUGAUAGCUAGUCUACUGACAGAUGUAAGAACUCUACGCUACUUUGUAUUAAAAAUGGUAACCGUGGAAGAUGAAUGCCACAUAAGAAGGUAGAGAAAAAGAAGAAGCUUAUCGACUACGGUGUCGGUACGGACUACAAUGGCGGAGGCGCGCACAUUUUCAGGACUUAUGCAGAUCCCAAAUACACAUCAGCAUAUACCAGAAGGUAAGAAAAGUUGGUUUUGCAUAAUAUUGCGAAACAAAACGUCAGGUAAUAUGUCUGCUAAUAGGUGCCAUUUUGCGGUCCUUAUACACACACCAUAAUAAUACUCGUAUGUUUAAUGCGCCGACAAUCCAUCAAGCGGUGCGGCUUUAUAGCUUACCGAAAUCGUACUAAAAACAUUUUGACAGAUUUUUGAGCGCCGUGUGUAAUGUUCUAUAUUCUCAAUGGAACAUUUAAAGUUUUGGUGUUGUUCACUGCCAUCAUAUUGCAGUCUACGCGUAUCUCUUAUGUAUGAAUGCCAUCUACCAGUCACACUUAUCAUUACACCAUGUACCAAAUAAAAUUGCUUCGAGGUCAGUAAGUACAACCAGGAUUAUGCCGUACAUUAGGCGCACUGUGUUAGAAGGCGCACUGUCGAUUUUUGAGAAAAUGUAAGGAUUUUAAGUGCCUUAGAGUCUGAAAAAUACGGUAUAUUCAAUGUUUUAUUCACAUGUUUGUGUUCACCUUUGAGGGACAGUACAAUUGGAGCAGGAUUGG